ACGCACACAGAGAAAGAAAGAAAGAAAAAGAGAGGGUUUUCGGUGUAAGAGACAGAGAGAGAACUCAUCGGUUGGGAUAAAUCCUCUUCCUCUUGUUUAUUGCAACGGCGAAGCGCGGCAGACUGUCGGAGAGUGUCGGAGUCGGUUCUUCUCAGAUCUGAGAGAGAGAGCAGGGCGAGCCAGCAAGCCAGAGAGGAUGAGUGGGAAGGGCGGAGGGGGUAAUAAUGGCAUAGGGAAGGGGAGUGGUGGAAUUUCGGGGAUUCCGUCGGGGUCGAAGAAGAUGGUGCAGAGCUUGAAGGAGAUUGUGAACAACUAUUCCGAGCAGGAGAUCUAUGCUACUCUUAAAGAGUGUAACAUGGACCCUAACGAGACCGUCAAUCGCCUCCUUGCCCAAGAUCCUUUUCAUGAGGUGAAGAGCAAGAAAGAAAAGAAAAAAGAGAAUAAGGAUACAGGGGAUUACAAGUCUCGUGGUGCAAAUAACAUUAGUUACACUACAAACCGUGGCAGUAGGGGUGGUGCAGAAAGACGUGGAGGCUCAACACAUUAUGGUAUUAAUGAAUCUGGCCAUUCACAUGGAAAAGCUGCAUACAAGAGGGAAAAUGGUGUACAUGCAUAUGCAGGGACUUCCUCUACUACAUCUGGUGUGGUAGGAAAUAACUUAAAUCGGCGACCUUCAUCUUAUAGUGAAUCUGUUGUUGCUGAGAAUAAGGCGCCCACUGUUAGUCUUGGUGAUGGGAUUUCUUCAUCUUUACAGCCUUCUUCUGGAUAUCAAUCUGCAUGGGUGGGAGUCCCAGGUCAAAUAUCAAUGGCUGACAUUGUGAAGAUGGGUAGGCCACAGAACAAGGUUCCUACCAUGCCAAACCCAUCUCAUCAGAGUGUUAAUGAACAUUGGAACAGAAAUCAUGCUUCUGAGGUUCCUGAAAUGAACAAUAGAACAGAAGUCAUGACAAGCCAGGAUAUUUCACCCGAAGAUGAAUGGCCACCAAUUGAGAAUCCAUCUGCUGCCAGUGUGUCCUCUAUCUUAGAUGCACCUGCAGAUUCUGAGCUUUAUGCAAAUGCAUCUAACUUGCCUUUGGAUAGAACUAAUGAGCAUAUGAACUCUCAGAUAGAAGCCGAGGCAGUGGAAGAUGGUUCGGUUGAGACUCAUAACACAAACUAUGUUGGUCCUCCUACUUCAAGUAGAAAUAUUCAAGAUGACAAUUCCGGUGGUUCAUCUCUUUUUGAUAAUGACUUGUAUAAUGAUGUGAACUCGUAUAAUGAUGUGAAGUCCUACCAACCUCAGAAGCAUGCAUUUGAGCAUAAUGAAGCUGAAGAGGUCAUUUCAUCAGUUGCCUCAAACUUGCAGCAACUUAAUUUACAGAACAGUGAUCAUGAGUCACCACCUGAAGAGGAUAAUCCUUCUGUAAUAAUUCCAAAUCACCUGCAAGUCCACACUCAAGACUGCUCACAUUUGAGCUUUGGAAGUUUUGGGUCUGGCAUUGGUUCUGCCUUUUCUGGGCCAUUUGCAUCAAAUCCCUUAAAGAAUAGUUUGGAUGAGACACCUGAAGCAGCCAAUGCCUCUUCCAUAGGGCACUCAGACAAUAGAAGUCCAGAGUAUUAUGGGGAUGAACAUCUAAGGAAUGCCACAGAGGGAAAUAUUGCUAAUAGUAAUAAUGCAAGUGCUGAGAACUAUGAGGCUUCUUCAAAUACGAGAUCAGAGGUUUUGAAACAGGAAACCCCUGAAACUGCCGAAGGGAACCAAUAUGCAUUUCCUUCAUCUGCAUCUGUUUAUGGUUAUGAAAAUACACAGCAGUUAAAUCCUACCUCCACUCACUUGCAGAUGACUUCUCAGAUGCAAAAUCUAGGUCCGUUCUCCAAUGUCAUGCAAUCAUAUACAAAUUCAUUGCCAAGCACUUUGCUAGCGUCAACUGUUCAAUCUGCUAGGGAGCCUGAUCUUCAGUACUCACCCUUCCCUGUGGCUCAGUCAUCAGCGACAAAAUUCACAAACACAGCUUCUUCCAUCAGUGUACCAACCAUUUCCAUGCCAGAGGCUUUAAGAGCUGGAACAAUGUCAACACCCCAGCCAACUCAGCAGACGCUACCUGGUUCCAGUGUUGGCUCAGGACCGGCUGUUCCACCACACCUUACCAUGCACCCCUAUUCCCAACCUACACUUCCAUUGGGACAUUUUGCAAACAUGAUUGGUUAUCCUUUCUUGCCACAGAAUUAUGCAUAUAUGCCAUCGGCUUUCCAGCAAGCAUUUGCUGGUAAUAGCUCAUACCCUCAGUCUCUGGCAGCAGUGCUUCCCCAGUAUAAAAAUAGUGUCUCUGUUACCAGCUUGCCCCAUCAAUCUCCUGCAGUUGCACCUGGUUAUGGGUUUGGGAGUUCAACAAAUAUUCCUGGAGGAAAUUUUCCUCUAAAUCCUCCAACUGCACCUGCAGGAACGACUGUUGGCUAUGAUGAUGUUUUGAUUUCUCAAUACAAGGAGAAUAACCAUUUGAUGUCACUUCAGCAGGCACAGAAUGAGAACUCAGCUAUGUGGGUUCAUGGACCUGGCUCAAGGACAAUGUCUGCUGUCCCGCAAAGCACAUAUUACAGCUUCCAGGGGCAGAACCAGCAGGCAGGUGGAUUUCGGCAAGGUCAGCAGCCUCCUUCACAGCAUUUUGGAGGCCUUGGAUAUCCAAAUUUCUACCACUCACAAACAGGAGUAUCAUUGGACCCUCAGCAGCAAAAUCCUAGGGAUGGUUCCUUAAGUGGUUCACAGGUCCAACCAUCAAAGCAGACCCAGCUAUGGCAAAGCAAUUACUAAAUCUUGUCACCUCCUGGUUUUUCAGGGUACCGUAGUGAGUUUAAAAGGGAUCAAUCAAAAGGCAUUCUUGAGAUAAUAAUUAAUCCAAUGUAUCCUAGUUAGAGGUCUGAAGGGACCUUCACUUGCUACUGCCCUGUGCCCCGAGGCUGUAUUCUACUUAUAUUUAUGUUCUGGUUUUGUUAACGUAAGAACGGAGGGUGCUAAUUUGGGUUAGUGGAGAACAUUUUCUUCUUUCCCCGUUUUCUUGUUUUCUUUAAAAUCUGCUUCCACACUUGUCUCAUUUCCUUCGAAGUUAGUUAAGUUUAUUCAAAAUUGUUCUCUUCUGGACCUUUAUAUUUAAAACUGCUUUAAUGGAAGUCCUAUUCAUGCUUACAAGAAUUAGUGGAUCGUUCGUAUCCAACUACAAGAAAGUAGCCUUAAUGUU